AUGAGGCUUCUCUUCCCUCUCUGUGGGUUGUGUGUUGUGUUGUCGGUGCGUCCUCUGCUGGACGGAGCAGGCCGCCCGCUUGCAGCCACCAGGCUGUGUGACGUCAGCGCGCAGGAGCGUCUCGGCUCGAGGCGAAAAAAUGGGGAGAAGAUUGCGAGGACCUUGGCAGUGCGACCCAAAAUGACCCUUGAUCUUUUCCACUUAAUGUGGUUGUUUGAACGAGCUGGACUCGUUGGGUUUCUUCUUCUGCUGAUUCGCUGA